AUGCCCAACCUCCGGGGCCCGGGCAUAAGUGCGAGGUGCGCGUACAUGCACGCAGUCAUGUCCGGGGCGCUGUACGGCGCCCCGGUAUGGUGCGAGGCGAUGGGGGCCAGCAGCAAAAUCAGGAAGCACCUGCACGACGUGCAAAGACUGCUGGCUCUACGCAUUGCGCGCGCAUAUCGCACCUCUCCAAACGACGCCUUAAUGGUCUUGGCGGGAGUGCCGCCAGCGGAGUUUCUGGCAACGGCCCGAGCUAUACUGUACGCUCGGGUCAAAGCCUCCCGCCUCCGGGGCGAGAACAUCGCCCCGAGGACCAUGGCGUCGUGGAGAGAGAGAGCCCGUCGGCGGGUGAUCGAGGAUUGGCGUAGCCACCUCACUGCCAACCCGCCGACAGUGGGCACCCGGGUUCUGGAGGCCGUCCUCCCCCACCUGGAGGAGUGGGUAGACCGCCCAUGGGGCGGUCUAUCAUAUAGGAUGACGCAGGUGCUCACCGGACAUGGUUGUUUCGGGGAGUACCUGUGUCGAAUCCAAAAAGAGCCGACCGCGCGUUGCCACCAUUGCGAGGCGGAGGUGGACUCUGCGCAGCAUACGCUGGAGCACUGCCCAGCGUGGGACGAGCUGCGCAGAGUCCUCAAAGACGAAGUAGGGGAGGAUCUCUCCCUGGGGGCCGUUGUGGCAAAAAUGGUCCUCAGGGAGAGCUGCUGGAAGGCGGUCGCCUCCUUCUGCGAACAGGUUAUGUCGCAGAAGGAGGCGGCGGAGACGGCCAGAGAAAGGCUGAGGGGGGGAAGACCCGGUGGGGGCAGAAGGCGACGACGUCGCCGAUCCAACCUCCGGGGCAAUGGCGGAGGCGGGGAUCCCCGCCCCCCAAGAGACCGACCAGGACCACCCGACGGCGGGGGUCCCCGCAGGAAACGGAGAAGAAUCGCUGGCGCUCAACCCCCUUCCCUCCAAACCAUUGAGGAGAAGGGGGAGAGCGACGGCGAUCCCCCCAAUAACAAUAACGGGGAAGAUCAUUCCCCUGCCUCCCCUGCCGAAGGCCCUGCAUAUGGGACCCGAAGCAGGGCGAGGCAGCUCCCGUCGUGUAUGGCUCCCGGCGAGGCUAACUCCCGAUGA